AUUUGACCAGAUUGAGUUUAUGAAUUUGUAGUUCAAGAUCCUCCAAUUCUGAAAUACAUUGAAAAGAGAGUAACUGAAUCCGAAAGAUCCAACACAGAUAAGAAAGAUUCACGAAAAGAAGUUCAUAAUCUCUUUCAACUCCAAAAUAUAUCACAAUUGCUCAUUAUACAUCGAUAAAAGAGAGUGACUGAAUGGGAAAUUCAAUUCCACUCCGGCAAAAAGAAGAAGAGAAUUUCACAAAAAGUUAUUGUAGAAGCAUAAACAUUGUGGAGGCUGCGGUCUUAGGGAAGAUACAAGAUUUCGAGAGUAUGCAUGCUAUACAUACAGAUUACUGGACGCGUUCGUUGUUGGAGAAGAAAAUUAAAAUACUCAAAGAGAUGUUGGAUUUCACGAGAGACUUGAAAAUGGAAGAGAGGAGCAGACUAAAAUAUUUAUUGGCUGACUUGGUGGAGUUGGCUCAAGAGGUCAUCGACGUGGGCUAUAGUUUUAUCCUUUCCAUUAGAGAAUUGAAUUACCUCGAAGAUGAGAUCAAGGUGACAAAGAUGCGGAUGACAAGGUUUGGAGCUGAUGAGAAAAAUACAGGAGACAAAGAAGAAGAAGAAGAAGAAGAAGAAGAAGAAGAAGAAGAAGAAGAAGUUAUGGUGGGGUUGGAGGAAAACGUUAAGAAGUUGGUUAAGAGAGCGAUUUUAAAAAAUUCUUAUGACUCAAAGAUUAUGUGUAUAAAAGGCAUGAUUGGCAUCGGCAAGACAACUCUCGCCAGACAACUGUUCAAGGCCGGUGCUAGCCAGUUCCAGCGUCAUGCUUGGGUAUGCAUUUCUGGUGACAUGAGUAACAAAGAGAUACUUAUGAAACUGAUUCAGCAAAUCGUGGUAUGUAGAAGAGAUCUGUCAUUGGAAGAAAUGGACAACCGAAGUCUCCAACGGUUGCUUCGCCGGCACCUGCAAGGAUUGUCAUAUUUCAUAGUUUUGGACAAUAUGCCGGAAGAAAUUAACUUAAAGUACAUCUUGAAAGGUCUUCCAUCUCGAGGCCUAACUGAAACCAGGUGUCUGUUGCUGUUAACAAGUUGCUAUGAGAUUAGACCAACCGAUGCCUAUUAUACUUAUGAGAUGAAAGUAUUGGAUUAUGAUAAGAGCUGGCAAUUGUUUUUGAAAACAGUCGAUAAAAUUACAAGUGUUGAGAACAGAUUCUCAAAGAACUUGGAGAAGAAGGGAAAAGAGAUGUUGAAAAAAUGUUGGGGUUUGCCGAUAGCUAUAAUAGAUGUUGCAAGGCAGAAAGCAAAACAAAGACUUGCAGGUGCUAAAUGGGAAGAACUAUUUGAUUCAAUUGAUUUGAGUGGAUCAUUGAAGUUAUUGGAACCGAUGUAUUUCAAAUUGGACGAAGAAUUCAAGCCACAUUUCUUGCUUCUUUCCCUUUUCAAGGAGAAUGCAAUAAUGAGAGAGGAAAAGUUGAAACAAAUUUGGGCUGCAAAUGGAUUAGAUUUUGAAAAAGGUAUAAAGGAUUUAGCUCAUAGGUCGAUUAUUGAAGUCUUUGUGAAAGGCUUCCACAUGAGAAAGAGAAAGUGUCACCUCAAUCCUCUACUACACAUGCUAUCAAUCCGAAAAGCAGAGGAAGAAAUGGGCUUGGAAAUCUUAAGUAGCAAUGGAAAUAUUAGACCUUCUCAGAAUGCUCGUCAUCGUGUUAUCCAUCGUGGACGAGAGAAGUUUAAUUAUUUCACGAAUCAAGAUAGUGAACAACUUCUUUCUCUCAUCUUCCAUGGAGGUGGUGGCUACUUAGACAAUGCUAGCUCGUCUUAUUGGGAGAGUUUUGAACGAGUCAAAAUACUUGACAUGGAAGAUUUUGGGGUGAAGACUUUAUCAGAUUCAAUCAGCACAUUGAUUGAGUUAAUUUAUUUGGGAUUGAGAAAUAAUUACUUACAAGAGAUCCCACACUCGUUGGGGGGCUUGAAAAAGCUUGAGGCUCUUGACAUAGCUCAUAACUUUAUGGUGGAGGUCCCGGACAUUAUAUGGGAAAUGAACAGCCUUCGUCAUCUCCACAUGUCUAAUGUGAUUCUCCAGAAGCCCUUGAAAGUUGAUGUGCUGUUGAAUCUGGAGACCCUAGCAUACAUCUCGAUUUAUGAUCUCCACAUGUCUAAUGUGAUUGAACUCCUAACGUUGGGCAUUGAAGAAGUUGAUGAAAACUCAGAUUUAGGCACACUCUUUGAAUCUCUAGCUAAGUUUCCAAACUUUGAUGAACUUUCUGUAAGAGGGUUUCGUUUUAGAAGCAUGCCGUGUUUGGAUGAAAUUGGUGUUAUAGGAAGACUUGAGGUACUAAAACUAGAUGGGCGCAUAGGUAAGCUACCAAGUGCAGAUAAUACACCUCAGAAUAUUAGGUGCAUAACAUUGGUAAAUACUUGUCUUGCCGAAGACCCCAUGCCAAUAUUAGAGAAGCUCGAAUCCCUAACCUACCUCAAACUGCAAAAUGCAUACACUGGUCGAGAAAUGAGGGUGACCCUGAGCUACGGGUUUUUCGGGCUCGAAGUGCUUUGCAUCAAAGAUUUGUGGAAUCUUAGAAAGAUACAAGUUGAAGAGUAUGCAAUGUGGCGUGUUGAGGAAAUAGAAAUCAGUAACUGUCCACAUCUGGAGACACUCCCGGAAGAGAUUCAGAAGAUGUCUAAACUGCAAAAGUUUAAAAUGGUAACAACCAAACACAUUGCAACAAAGAUCAGAAAUUCAGGUUUGACCUCCGAAAUUUUUGAGGUGGAUAUCUAUCCGUAGUUUGAAGUUGAUAUAUAUCUGAAAGAUACAAGCUGUAGAAAGUGCAAUGUAGACCGAUACGUGUACCUCGAUGAGCGGCUGAACUCACCAGCUCAGCUUCACCACCGCUGUUGCUCCCGAGGGCCAUUGCCAGACCUUGUUGCAAACUUCAUCAACCACGUACGGUAUCUUUAUGAUUUUGUCCUUUAUUUUUGGUAGUAUCCAAUUAAUUUGAAUGUAUCGUGUCGAACAUAAUAAUAAGCUACAUUAUGUAUUUUCUUUGUCUGUCCUUUCCCGGAAUGCAAAGGAGAGUCAAACUAAGUAGGUUUAAAUAAGUAAA